AUGAUUCUGUUCCGACUAUUCGGCCCGAACAUUUCUAAACGGCUAGGUCCGCCGCUCGUUGCAAGAACUUCUAUAGUGAAGCCCCUAAAAUUGUUUUACCCUUCAGCCACCAUCAUACCCAGAAGAUUCAACCCUGUACAUAUAUACUCCAUACGGAACUAUACUUCCAAAGACAAUGGUAUAAGAAGCGAAAAAUCCAAUUCGUUGAAGAAGCCAUCUGAUGGCCAAAAAGAUUCCAGCCAACAGCCUCAUAACUUGCAAGAGGAGCUAGCCAAUUUGAACAGAGUAACGAAGGAACAAUUGCUUGCUAGAGCUAACAAUAUUUUUUCUCGUUUCAAGAUCAGAUUCAGAUGGUUACUCAAGAAAUCCAACCGGCCCUUCAACACCGACGACUAUUCUGCCAUCUUUUCGUGGUUGGUGAUGGGUAAUGUGCUUAUGUUCUUUCUUGCUACCACGACAUUCUUCUCCAUCAUAAUUUUCACAGCCAAUACUGUUCUCGCUCAAGAGUUUGUAGCUCGUAAGCUUGGAGAUUUUAUUACCAGGAAUUCCAAUUUGGCUGUAACUUUCGAAAACGCAGUUGUUCCUGGAUGGUCAGAUGGAAAGAUCAGUUUCAGAAAAUGCUUCGUUAGUAAACGCCCACGAUUAUCAAACAGAUUCAGUAAAGGAUCACAAGCAGAAGCAUAUGCUGCUAGUAUAUCAAAAUACGAAGAGGAGGAAUACGAUGAUGGAAACUAUACCCAGUUUGACCUUACAAUAGAAGAAGUGAACAUCUCGUUAUCGUUCAGCAAAUGGGUUAAUGGCACAGGAAUUGUAGACAACAUGGAAAUGAAAGGGGUUAGGGGUGUAGUUGAUAGAACUCAUGUGCAUUGGGAUCCUGAUGAUGAUGCCACCAACUACUUGAACAAGUAUCAACCAGGAGAUUUUGAGUUUGAAGACUUCAAAAUGGAAGACGUUUUAUUCACGUUGAUGCAACCCAAUGGAUUCCGACCAUUUGAAGUAGCCAUCUACAACUGUGAAUUAUCGCGCUUGAGAAAGCAUUGGUUAUUCUACGAUUUCUUGAAUGCCAAUAUUAUGAGUGGAGCAUAUGACAAUUCCCUAUUCACGAUACAUAAGAAGCAAAGACUUAAUGACUUUAGUGAAGAUGGCGAGACGACUCCACAAAGCUGGAAGAGGGUGACGAGAAUGAGAGUAGAUAACUUGAAUAUCGACCAUCUAAACACAGGCUUGGAGGGUCCUUUUGGCUGGAUAUCAAGUGGAAGAGUGGAUAUGAUAGGAGAUGUGAUGGUUCCUCAAGAGAAUGAAGACUUGAACAUGACUGAACUUGUUUCUGUCAUUGCUGAGUCCAUCAAAAAGGAGGCAAACAGAUAUAAGAAUCCAGAAGUAACCAAACCUCCAAAACAUCCUGAUCAGCACAUGAGGUUGACCAGGAACGACAUUAAUGACAUUCUGAAAUAUUUCGUGCUAGACUUGACUAUUCGCUUGCAUAACGUAAGGGCAAGUGUUCCAUUCCAGACUCCUGAGCUCACGUAUAUCAACUAUGCCUUGAUCAGACCUAUUGUGGCAUACAUCAACUCCAAGAAUACGUUUAUCAAGAUCCAUAAUCGCAUUGUCAAGAACAUCGAAGAUUUCAGUGGAUCGUGGACCAUCUAUGACUCGUUAUUGAUGGAUGAUAUUUCGGAAGAGGUGUAUGACAACUUUGUUGAUUAUGUCGCAGAUGAAGAGGCCAGAUAUGUGAGAAUGAAGAAGGUUGGUUUUUGGUCUAUCCAGCUCAUAUUCCAAGUCAUCGUCUUUGGCUUGGGAGCACUUACAUGA